UUUAUUUAUAUGUUGGUUCUAUGUUGUCAGCACCCUACCUCCCUCACAGGUGGCUCAUCAGUGCUAGUUCGGAUGUGUGCUGUUGUCAAGCGAAGACUCCUGUUUUUCUACUGGAAGAAUGGAGACUUCCACCCAUUAAUGCAGGAUGAUAUCACAGUUAAGGAUGUUCCUCGUGCUUUGGUUUGGUGCAAUGAGACCAUCUGUGUGGGUUUCAAAGGAGAGUAUUCACUUGUCUAUUUGGACAAAACCCAGAAGGACCUGUUUCCAACAGGGACUAAACAUCAGGAGCCUAGUGUCACCAAGGUAUCAGAAGACACAUUCGUGCUGGGCAAGGACACUCAGAGUGUGUUGAUGAACACUGCCGGAGAUGCUGUCUUCAACCUGGCCGUCAAGUGGUCUGAGGUUCCCAUCCAGCAAGCAUAUGAUGAGCCUUACCUGUUGGCCCUACUACCAGAAAGCAUAGAGGUGCGCACUGUGGAGCCUCACCUAUUGAUACAAAGUCUGCCGCUGAAGGCACGCCUCGCUUGUUACUGCAAGCAGGGGCUUGUGUAUGUGGCAUCCACUGAACAUGUGUGGUGUGUACAAUCUUUGCCAGUCACCAAACAGAUACAUGUCUUGCUGGAACAAAAACAGUUCCAGUUGGCAGUCAAACUGACGAAUUUGUCAGAUGAUUUGGAAGAAGAAAAGGCUAAGAAUAUUCAUCAAAUUAAGACUUUAUAUGCAUUUGAUCUAUUCCACAACAAGAAGUUUCAUGUUUCAAUGAAAGAGUUUUUAAAACUGGACACAGAUCCAUAUGAAGUGAUCAGAUUGUUUCCCAUGUUACUGCCACAGCAAGCUAGAGAUGACGCCAAGACUUCUGUGAAGGUCGUUGAGUUGCUGGAAGAUAUGGAUUUGGAGAGUGGAUUGCUUGCUCUCAUUGAAUACUUAACUGAAGUUAGGAGAAAAAUACUUGAGAAGAAAUCGGGAGAUAAGAGCUUUGAAUCUAAAUCAACUCAGCAAUUAAUGCAGAUUAUUGAUACAACCCUGUUAAAGUGCUAUUUACAGACAAAUGAUGCUCUUGUGGCACCCCUGCUGAGGCGCAACUACUGCCACCUAGAGGAGACGGAACACACGCUCAAGAAGCACCACAAGUACAGUGAGCUGAUCAUCCUGUAUCAGACGAAGGGGUUACACCACAAAGCACUUGAAUUGCUGCAGAAACAGGCAAAUCAGCCAGACAGCAAUCUGCGGGGUCACAAACGCACUGUGCAGUACCUUCAGACAUUAGGAGAAGAGCACAUUUACGUUAUAUUCCAGUUUGCAGGCUGGGUGCUGGAAUCACAUCCUGAAGAUGGUCUGAAGAUCUUCACUGAAGACACUGCAGAGGUGGAACAUCUUCCACGGCCCAAAGUUCUCGAUUAUCUUCUCAGAACUCAGAAAUCUCUAGUCAUUCCUUACCUGGAGCAUGUGAUCCACACGUGGAAGGACACCAACUCCAUUUUCCACAACGUGCUGAUUCACCAGUACAAGGAGAAGGUGCAAGCUUUGAUGAUGGCUAAUGCGACUCAGCAAGAGCAGCAAGCAGCUCAGCACAUGCGAGCCAAAUUGCUGGCCUUCCUCGACAAGUCCGAACACUACAUUCCAGAGACAGUACUGGUGCACUUCCCAUUUGAUUGUCUGUUUGAAGAAAGAGCUAUCAUCCUAGGUAAACUAGGGCGUCACGAGCAGGCGUUGUCCAUAUAUGUGUCAGUUCUGUCAGACAUUCAGAGGGCUAGAGAAUACUGUGACAAAGUCAACAAGCAAGGUGGACCUGGUGCUGAAGAUGUGUACGUGUUGCUGAUGAGACUGCUGAUUAGUCCUCCAGACAACUGGCUGGUGGGGAUCACCCCCUCUGCCCCCCUCGAGCCAGACCUCGAGACAGCUCUCUCACUGUUGGAGGGGAAUGCAGAACGCAUU